ACCAGGCCCCUCCUGCCAUUGGCCAGGGCCUCCCACGUGACGAGGAAUUGGCUGCAAUUUCGCCCCAGCCUCGAGUUUAGCAGAGCAGGGUCCCGCUCCGCCUGUGUUAUCGGCAAUAUAACAAUUAUAAAAAGCCCGAGGACCGUCAUCAUCCCCGCCAACAAAAACCCGAGGCCUUCCGAUUUCUCUCCCUCUCCCCCUCCUCCUCCUCCUUCUCCCUCUCCCCCGCCUCCCUCCCGCUUUUUAAACCCCGGGCCCUGGAAAAAGCCAUGAAUUUUGAAUUUGAGAGGGAGAUCGGGUUUAUAAAUAGCCAGCCUUCGCUCGCUGAGUGCCUGACGUCUCUCCCCGCUGUCCUGGAGACAUUUCAAACUUCAUCAAUCAAGGACUCGACAUUAAUUCCUCCUCCUUUUGAGCAAAGCGUCCUCCAAAGCCUCAGCCCUUGUUCCGGCAGCCGGGCGAGCCCGAGGAGCCCCAGCCGAGCCCCCCAUGGCCCGGCCCGGCCCCCGGCCCAGCCCGGCCCCCGGGCAGCGCAAUUCCCCUGGAUGAAGGAGAAGAAAUCGUCCAAGAGGACCAGCCAGGCUCCGUCCCCACCAUCCUCCUCCUCCUCCUCCUCGCUGCCGGUGCCCGCCGCGGGAUCCCCCGCAGAGGCCGCGGGGCUGUCGGAGAGCGGCGGCUCCCGGCGUCUCCGCACCGCCUACACCAACACCCAGCUGCUGGAGCUGGAGAAGGAAUUCCACUUCAACAAAUACCUGUGCCGGCCGCGGCGCGUGGAGAUCGCGGCGCUGCUGCAGCUCACCGAGCGCCAGGUCAAGGUGUGGUUCCAGAACCGCCGCAUGAAGCACAAGAGGCAGACGCAGCACAAGGAGGAGCCCGUUUCGGCCGGCCGCGACGGAAGCGGCGAGGCCGAAAGCUGCCCCGCGUUGGGCGCCACCGAGGAGAGCGCGGCGCCCGAGCUGGGGGCGUUCGCGGCCGAGACGUGCCCCGAGCUCGCCCGGGGGUUUUCUCCUGCCGCUGAGGGGUCUCUGGGGAGCCCCCUGCGCUUCUCCGAGGAGGAGCUGGAGUUCUUCAGCAGCGCGCUCUGCACCAUGGACCUGCAGGAUUUGGAUUUUCCCUAGC